CAGCGACUGAGGGACGAUUCCUGUCAAAUCCGGACACCGUGACCCGCAAUCCCGGGACUGUCCUGCUCAAUCUCCUCUCUCUCAGCCCCACGAUCCGUACACGGGCCCCGGGGAGCUUCCGGCUGAUGAGGGAAUGGGAACCGAUGGAUCUCUCAGACAGAGCUGAGCUCCAGCUAUCUAAAUGCAAGGAUUAGGAACCCGGAGAAAGGGAACAAAAUCUUUUACAUCACCAGUUGAGAAAAUCACCUUUGUUCUAUCUCCGAUUACAAACAAGAGAACAUCUGCAGAUGCUGGAAUUCCAAGCAACACAAAUUGCUGGAUGAACUCAGCUUUAGUACACUUUUCCAUAGAUGCUGCCUGGCCUGCCGAGUUCCUCCAGCUUUUUGUGUGUGUUCUUGUUCUGGACUUUUCUACCGGUUGAAAACGACAAGGAAUUUGUCUAUGGGAAUUCAAACACAACACACCAGUUGUGCUGUCUCUGUCUAAAUAUUUAAGGAACAAGGAAUUCAAUCAACCAUUUUUCCUGUUCAGACUGUGGGGAGGGAUUCACUUGGUCAUCUGACCAACUAGCCAACCCGUCAUUUUAAAAAAGGGGAAAGGCUGUUCACCUGCUCAGACAGUGGGAAUGGAUUGACUCAGUCAUCUCAACUGAAGGUACUUCAGAAGGUUCACAUUGGGCAGAGGCUGGUCAUCUGCUGACGUUGUGGGGAAGGAUUCACUCGGUCAUCUGGUCUAAUGGCUCACCAGCGAGUUCACACCAGGGAGCGGCCGUUCAUGUGCUCAGACUGUGGGAAGGGAUUCACAUUGUCAUCUCACCUAAUGAGACACCAGACAGUUCAUACUGGGGAGCGACCGUUCACCUGCCCAGAAUGUGGGAAAGGAUUCACACAGUCAUCUGAACUACUGGCACACCAGUCAGUUCACACUGGGGAGAGGCCGUUUAACUGCUCCGAAUGUGGGAAGGGAUUCACUCGGUCAUCUCACCUACUGGCACACCAGCGAGUUCACACUGGAGAGAAGCCAUUCACCUGCGCAGACUGUGGGAAGGGAUUCUCUUGGUCAUCUGAUCUCCAAAAACACCAGCGAGUUCACAGUGGGGAGAGGCUGUUCACCUGCUCAGACUGUGGGAAGGGAUUCACUCAGUUAUCCAACCUACAGAGUCACCAACGAGUUCACACUGGGGAGAGGCCAUUCAUCUGCUCAGACUGUGGGAAGGGAUUCAGUCAGUCAGCCACCCUACAGAGACACCAGCGAGUUCACAAUGGGGAGAGGCCAUUCACAUGCUCAGUCUGUGGGAAGGGAUUCACUCAGUCAUCUGAUAUGUUGGCACACCAGCGAUUUCACACUGGGGAGAGGCCAUUCAUUUGCUCAAACUGUGGGAAGGGAUUCGCUCAGUUAUCCACCCUACAGAGACACCAGUCAGUUCACACUGGGGAGAGGCCGUUCACCUGCGCAUACUGUGGAAAGGGAUUCACACGGUCAUCCACCCUAUUGGCACACCGGUCAGUACACACUGGGGAGUGGCCAUUCAUCUGCUCAGAAUGUGGGAAAGGAUUCACUCAGUCAUCCAAACUACUGGCACAUCGGUCAGUUCACACAGGGGAGAGGCCGUUCACCUGUGGUGAAUGUGGGAAGGGAUUCACUCAGUUAUCUCAUCUACAGAGACACCAGCGAGUUCACACUGGGUAGAGGCCAUUCACCUGCUCAGACUUUGGGAAGAGAUUCUCUCAGUUAUCUCCACCAAAUGUGCGUCAUUGACUUCACACUGGGGAGUGGUCAUUCACCUGCUGUGAAUGUGGGGAAGGAUUCACUCAGUAAUCAAACCUUUUGACACACUACUGGGUUCACACUGGGGAGAAAGUUUCAAUAAGCUGAAUGCUGGAUAUUUGUCCAUCACCGUUGCUGAAUGCAAUGUCAAGAGUGACUGUACGGGCUGAACUCUGCAAUUAUUGCUGCUGCUCACCACACCCAGUUCUGCACCCUGGUCACUGGGCAUGGGAGGAGUUCCUCCUGCUGCAUAUUCACCUUUAAUGGGACUGGAGUUUAAUUCUCUGAAUCUGUGACAAAUAAAUCAGUUCUAUUUUAAA